ACGUGGUGUGCGCUUCGCACGGUCGUUGAACGCUUUGCGCCGAACGAAGAUCCCCCUCAUCGACGCUCCUCUCACGACAGCAAGCAACAAGACACCGAGGAAGGGGCGGCAAGCGAGGGACUGAUGUCUGGCCCGAGAGAGAUCUAGAGUCUGUCCAUAAUGGAGACGUCGAGCCCUGCGCCCGAUCGUCGGUAUCAGGAAAGCUUCGACGAGCUCAUGAAUGGCGAAGACGAGCUGGUGGGGCAUGCUGUCGAAGCUCGACGGCCAAAUGGGACUGCUCAUGACGAUGACGAUGACGACGACGACGAUGACGAGAAAGAAGACUGGAAGGGCGGAGAGGAUGAUGGGGCAACAAUUGGCGACGUGUCGAGCUAUUCCGAUCGGCUAAAGGAGAUCAUGGGCAGCGACGAGGACGAGGACGUGAGGCAGGAGCAGGAGCAUGAUGAUGAGCUGAGGCCUGGCUCUGGUACAGUUGGCGAUGAGUCAUUAGCAACAGAGGUAGGAGGAGCAGACGAAAGUCGGCACUCCAUUGCAAGCACCUCCUCGCUGCUGCCGUCAUCAUUGGACUAUUCGCUCCUACGGCCAUGGCAGUAUCCGAAGCCUAAGCGGUUACGAUCGCUGGCCUCUACCGCAAACGUAACAGAUGACGCAAGCCUCAGUCCCAGCCUCUCCCUCCAGGCCGGUGACAGUGGGAGCAACAGCUUCGACUUUAGAUCCUCGCCCAUGUUGCCCGCCUCGAGCCAUGAUGACGGCAGCAGCAUCGAGGGGCUGCCUUCUGCUCACAUGAUGCCGUAUGGCGUUCCUGAAAAGCCGAUAUAUGCGUCUAAUGGUCAGACGCGGCGCAACGAUGACGCCGUGCAACGAUCCAUUCUCAGGCUCUCCAAAGUCUCAAAGCUCGAGCUCAGCCAGAGGAACGACGAAAAGGCUGUAGUCAUGGCUGUCGCCGGCGGACUCGUUGCUGUAGGAACAAGUCAGGCUCGGGUCGGGAUGUGGGAGUUCAACGGUAGAUUUAAGGGCUGGCUGGCUCUACCUACAACGACCACGGACUCGGUCACGGCACUCUCCAUUUCUUCCGACCGGACAUUCAUAGCCAUUGGGACGGAUCAGGGGCAUAUCUACCUCUACGACGUCUCCAAACCGCGAUACCCUGCUCGUCACGUCGCACCGACCACACCAAAGGCGGUCACGACGGGCAAGAACGAGGGUCAUCUCCAAGGGACAAAAAUUCUCCAUAUCGGCUUUGUGGGAGCCAGACAUACUGCCAUCGUCUCGGCAGACGAGUUCGGCCUCAGCUUCUACCACAGCCUCGGCAAGAUUCUCGGCGUAAGCAGCAAUGAUACCCUUAGACUACUGGGAAGAUAUCCCAGCAAGGCAGAGAGAGAGGGGAAAGGUACAGAGGUCGAGGCGCUCAACAAUGGCGGCCAGGAGCACGAGCCGACGCCACCAAAAUACCGACAGGCGACGGCUCUCGGCAUGGCACCUCUUCCGUUGGGGCCCAUGCGUCACCUGUCAGAUUCACACAACAUCGUGGCAAUUCUGACGCCCACCAAGCUCGUUGUGGUCGGCUUGAAACCAGCAGCAAGAACCUGGUUCCGCCUCCUUUCGCCCUCUCGAACAAUUGAGACGUGUGGCAGCCUAGUCUGGUUCCCUUCGAUGACGGCCAACGACAGGUCGUCGGCCACCGAAGCGGACGGGAGAGUGCAACCGGUGCUCGCUACGAGCUUCGGAAGACAUCUUGUCCUCGUGCGCCUCAAGACAAUACGCGUCCACGGCGGUACGCCCCAGGCGCCCACUGUUCGGGAGGAGCUGACGAUGGGAGAGGAGCCAGGGUGGGAACACGAUGAACCGAUUCGAUCGCUUCAGUGGCUCUCUCACGAGAUGAUUUUGCUCCAAUCCGAUUCGAAGUUGGCCUUGUUUGACCUUCGGUUCCGAAAGGUGACGGAGACGCAACCCGUCAUCAGCCUCGUGUCGUCACUCGUCUCCAACGACUGGCUUGUCGGAGUCACUUUCAAGUCCAGAGCUGGCGAGGAGAAGCACAUCCACCCUUCCAACGCCUACAGCGUGCGCGCUUACAAGGGUCAAGUCUUCUUUCUGACACCGGGCGACAUCGUCGUAGGCACCCUCAUUACUUGGGCGGACAGGAUUCUGGCACAUGUCUCAGGCGGUGAUUUUCUCGGCGCUAUCGAGCUCAGUACCGAUUACCUAGAAGGCCGAGCCGGUGGCUCCUGCAUAGGACUGCCAGAAUCUAGGGAAGCUCAAAGACCGAUCGUGGCCCAACGACUUCUCGAUCUGAUGCGUGCCUCGACGACAUACGCAUUUUCUGACGAGCGCAUGCACGACGGAACCCACGCUGACCCUAGAGGCGUGGACAGGACGCCAUUGUUCGAAGGUUUGGCGAGGGUUUGCGCAGAAGCCUGCCUGGCCCUCGAAGACCAGACUUUUCUCUUUGACGAGCUGUACGAUACCUAUGCCGACGCCGGUAUCGAGGCCAUCUUUGCCGACCAGAUGGAGCACUUUAUCGUCGCCGGUCAGCUCAGGUUGCUGCCGAUCCCCGUCGUACAACGCCUCAUUUCCUUUCGAAAGAGGCAGCAGAGGUACGAUCUGGCCGAACGCAUCAUCUGGAAUGUCGACCCGGCGAGCUUGGAUCUCGAUCAAGCGCUGAGCCUGUGCCUCGAAAGACGAUUGUUUGACGCACUCAUCUACGUGUAUACGAGGGCACUGCAUGACUUUGUUGGGCCCAUUGUCGAGCUACUCGGCAUCAUCAAGAGGCGCGAUUCUUUGGAGCCACAGGACAACAUUGCAGACUGCUAUAGGCUCUUCUCCUAUCUCUCCGUUGCCCUCACAGGACAUACGUACCCCAAUCACGAGAUGCUUGAAGGAGGCGAGGGCAUCAAGGCCAGGUCAAGCAUCUAUGGUUUUCUCUUUGCGGGCCGUUGCGUCAUGUGGCCAGAAGGACCUGGUGGUCAGCUCGUGUUGACGGUUGCCGACGAGCAGCAGGAGCCCACCUAUCCUUACUUGCGUCUGCUUCUCGCUUUCGAUGCCGAAGCGUUUCUUGACGCACUCGAUAUCGCCUUCGAGGACAGCUACCUCGACGACGAGGAGGAGGAUGAGGUUGACGACAACGAUGAUUUUGCGGCUGUUCGCAAGCACCACCCCCGUUUCACGCGUCAACUCAUCGUCUCUAUUCUCAGUGAAGUGACCUUUGAGGAGGGCAGCGAACUGCAAGAGUCUGCACGCGUCUUCGUCUGCAUCUUUAUCGCUCGCAACGCUCCCAAAUACCCACAAUUCGUGCGCCUUUCUCAACCUGAUGUCAAACAGCUUCUUCAUCACUUGGCAGCAGUCCAAGAUUCGGAGACGCUCGAGGACCGACAGUUCGCGGCCGAAUGUCUUUUGUCGGCCUAUAGGCCUAGCCACAGUGAUGAACUUCUUGCUCAGUUCGAAAGCGCGAGCUUCACAAGAAUCCUUCACCGUGCCUAUCGGUCGGAGUCGAAGUGGGACAAGCUGGCAGACCUGGUCAUCGUCGAAGCACCGAGCAAAGGUCAAGAGACUUUCGACGAGCUAGCCCAGGUCAUUUCUUCCGCCAGAAUGGGCAAGGGUGCACCUUCCGCGGUAUUAAAAAAUGUCGAAAGAAUCGUCCUACAAUCAUUGCCGGCCCUUGUAGACGUGGACGUCGGCCGCACAGCGGAGCUCAUGGGCCGUUUCUUUCCGGCAAGACAAGCUGAAGCGAUUUCGCUGCUGGAUCGAUCUCCGCACCGACAGCUGGCCUAUCUCGGCGUGCUGCUUGAUCCCUGGCAAGACUCAGAAGAGCUUCCUCUCCAGAUGAGGUCCGACACCUCUCUACCAUCCGCCGCGACGGACAAAAAGUCGACAAAUUCGAAGCUUCGAGACAGCGUCGAUCAGCCGCAGAGGGAUCUGUACAUUUCGCUGCUGUGCUCUAUGGAGCCACACGUACUCGUCAAGACGCUCGACGCGAUGCCCGCGAACUUCUUUGACUUGAAGCACUUAGCCAACGUUGCUGAAGAAGAAGGAGUGAUCGAUGGUGCCCUCUGGGCCUUUGACCGGCAAGGGCAGUUGGACAAGGGACUUGAUGCCUUUGAGCGAAGCGUGGCUCAACGUGCCUUUGUCCUUCGCGAUCAAGCGCAAGAGGACGAUAGUCGAGGAAGCGAGAUCAACGAGGAGGCAGAUGCAGAAUUUGAAGAGGCAAAGGAGCAGCUCGAACAGGGCGUCAGCAUGGCUGUGAGGCUUUGCAGAGAGCAUGGACAGCUCAGCGAUCCGGAUGCUCAGAAGCACUGGGUAAGAUUGUUGAAGAUCCUCAUCCAUCUCGUCCACGAUGUCACAACCACAGGAGGCAAAAUGGCAACACGAUCGCAGUCGUUGGCCAAGUCAUUUGUAGAAGACUCCCUUUCAGCGCUUGUCUCUUCGACGUCGGCCGAUAGCAUGCCUUUCGCAGACCUUUUUCGAAGGCUGUUGGAGGACGAGAAAGAGGAGAAAAGCCCUCGAGACAAAGAUGGGCAGCCGACUACUCCUUCACGUUACUAUGCCGAGGUCCGACCGAUCAUCAACGGGAUGGUCGAGGCAUAUCGGCUUCGACAAGGCCUUUUGGGGAUCACGAACCGUCUCUUUGACCGCGACGUCUUCUACGAAAUGCAGAAUCUAGCCACCAGGAGACGGCGAGGUUGGAGACCAGGUACUUUUGGUACGGGCACGCGAUGUGAGGGCUGCCAGAGGCUCGUCUUUGGUUCCUCCACACAGUCCUCGUCGAUGAGUGCUACGAGAAGGCCGGGGUUCAAGCGGGGUGCGAGCGUAAACGACAUCUUCGUUGACGGCAGUGCUUCCUCAAAAGUAGCAGCGGCGGGAGCCCUGACGAUGAUGAAUAGUAGAGACGGCAGCAUCAUCAUUCCUUCGUUAGACGACUUGCCCAAAAGGACUCCUUCGCCGUUCCUGGAACCGGCCGUGAGCCCUCGUCCUGACAAGGGAAAGGGCGUUGAAAGGAGACCGUCUGCGCUAUCCCUUGGAUACGAGUCUGCGUGGGAUCGCGACCAGCAGCAGGAGCAAGAAGGGUUGCAGUAUGACAAUGCUGAUUUAUCCGGCAGCAAUAGCGGCGCAGCGCGGACGAAGAGGAAGCCGACGACUGACCCGUGCGAGAGCUUCACGGCACCGAUGACACCCAGGCCAGUGUUUCCUGGCACUAAUGACUGGAACUCGCUUACAAGGCCGAGCGAGGACUACUUUGGUAGCGCCUCAAACACUCCAGGGAUUGGAAUCGAAGGAGCGUCGGCUUCGCUCGCCUCUUCGUCGGACUGGUCACUCGAUGCAGGGAUGAAGGGCAAGGAAGACAGCGACGAGGGUGAUCUCGACGAUGAAGAAGAAGAGGGCGACGCGAAGGGUCAAAUCGUCGUUCUUGUCAAUGGCCAGGUCUGGCACAGGCGCUGCGCUCCACAAUGGGUACUAGCUGGUGCUCCAGGCCCAGGUCAGACCCAAGGGCCGGGAAAUUAAUGCUGCCUUCCUCUCUGUUUUGUACCAAGCGCUCCUGCAACUCAGCUCUUGCAAAUUAAAUCGCAAUGGUCAUUCGAUGCAGUUCCC